AUGGCCGACGACGACAACAGGAAGAAGCAGGAGUUAGAUAGAGGGUACAAGGUGCGUCCCGAGGUACGGAUCGACGAAGCGCUUUCGCCCGUCGGUCCUGGCGCAGGCCUUUUCGUGGCCCUCGGGAUAAGUACUCGCCGCCGCUCGUGGCGAGCGCGGCGGGGAAACCAACGUGCGCUGAAUUUGAGUCUUCACUGUCUUCUGUUUGUUACGUUGUUUGUCAUUCUCGGGCUUCCACGUUAG